AUGAGCAGUAGUGACGGCGGCCAUCAUCAUCACCAUCAUUCUCACUCUGAACAUGGCAAUGAUACUAAUGUUGCACUUCUUGAUCCAGAAGAUUGCCAACAUUUCUUAGAAAACGCGGAACAUUUAGAUCAUGAUCACGACCAUGGACAUCACCAUCAUGACCAUGAUCAUGAUCAUAGUCACGCUUCAGAAGGUGUUACUUGGCGAUUAAUUGUUAUGAUAACUUUAACAGGCAUUUUCUUCUUAGCAGAAUUAAUUACAGGCUUUGUUACAAAAUCACUUUCAUUACAAUCAGAUGCAUGGCAUAUGCUUUCUGAUGAAGCUUCACUCGUCAUCGGUCUUAUUGCACACGAAAAAGCUAAAAAGCCCCCGACAAAACGCUACACUUUCGGUUUAGCUCGUGCUGAAGUUAUUGGUGGCUUUACAAAUGCUGUUUUCUUACUCGCUGUAUGUAUGACAAUUCUUUUUGAAGCUAUUGAACGUUUCAUUAAAGUUGAAGAAAUUGUCGAACCACUUGCCUUCUUAAUUGUCGGUGUCCUUGGUCUCCUUGUUAACGUUGUUGGUAUUUUCAUCUUCCACGAUCAUGCUCAUUCAGAAAAUAUUCAAGGUAUUUUCUUACAUAUCAUCGGAGAUCUUUUAGGAUCAAUUGUUGUCGUCAUUUCAGCUGCUGUUUGCCAAUGGACAACAUGGAGUGGAAGAUUCUAUUUAGAUCCUGCUUGUUCCAUUUUAAUUUUCGGAAUUCUUGUUUACGGUACUCAAGGAUUAUUACGUCGUACAGGUCGUGUUCUCUUAGAAACAUGCCCUGAGCAGAUAGAUGUCGAAGAAAUCAAAGUCGACCUCAUGAAAAUCGAAGGUAUGGUUGCAGUUCACGAACUUCACGUUUGGGAGCUUUGCAAAGAGCGUUACCUUGCAUUAUUACAUAUCGUCGUUGAUUCUAAGGACAGAAACAAACGCGUUCAAGAACAAACACAUAAUACAAUGAUUGCCCAUAAAGUUUUCUCUACAACUGUUCAAAUUGAAUUCGUCGAUGACUUCCCACAAGGCACAGAUCACAUCGGAUCUUGCUUCUACGCAACUUCUUUCGGCAGCGAUAAAAGAAUUUUCCAGACACCUCCUGUUUACCAGCAUUCCAUCGGCUGCCCACACGUCAACCUCCCUGGACAUGAACAUGAUCAUGAUCAUGAUCACGACCACGAUCAUGACCACGACCAUCAUGAUCACGGACAUGAACACAGUCAUGACCACGAUCAUGACCACGACCAUGAUCAUGAUCACGAUCAUGAAGAACCACAAAUACCUCUUCAGGUUUAA